UGCAAAGUCGUCAGUCAGAUGCCCAUGAUCGCACACUGCAUGCAGCCGUCAAAAUCAAGAACUUAAACUUGUGCGUCUCCCCAUCUUGGCUUUUGGGUCACAUAACAUUCAAUCAGCGGCAUCUUCGGUUUCUUUCACUGUAAGUAAAAUGGCGUCUCUCUUGUCGAAAGCAAACUUAGCAAGGGGAAGAGAUGAAGUGUAUGUUGCGGCAAUGCCUUUGAGAGCCACCAAAGGACCAGCCCAGUUGGUUAUGUCCUCAGCUUACUCUCUCAAUUUCUGGGAUUUCCAGCACUUCAUGGUCAUCCUCAAAACCUCCUCCCCAAUUUCUCCUCCUCAGGUCCUGGUUUUUGAUUUUCAACCUAAUGACCCUGAAGAUAUAUAUGUGGCACUUGCAGUUCUAUCGGGUAAAACAGUACCAGGAACUGUUCUCGUAAGGAAGAUGAAAACGAUGCCAAGAAGAAAAUGUUGGCUGGUUGGAUAUUCAAAAGCAGAUGGUGUGGGCAUUGCUAAUGAAUUCAACAAGAAUUGGGAUACAAAUUUGAGAGUUGGUCUGCAUGACUGUCGUGAUUAUACCAACGGCCUGGUCAAGCAACUCACUGGCGAAAAGGACGUUCUGAGACGCUUGAGAAGCACUGGCAGUUAGAGGCAAUUUUACUGGAAACAGAGAAAAGUGCUUGAUCAUAAGUAAAUUUCUCUUUUCAUUUUCGUCUAUGUUCAGAUUUUGACCUACUUCUUGCAUUUGCAUCAGUUGGAUGGGAACUGCUUAUCUCUUUCUGCAUUAUUCUCUUCCUGUAUAAUAAACUAUUUGGAAGUAAACGGCCAUCUGAGAAGGAAGACAAUAGAAGGAUCUGGAGGGUUCUUGGUAGCCUGUGAAGAAUAUGCAGAGGACUAAAACCACAGUUUCUGCAUUAUUUUUUGUGUGUGAAAUAUAAACCAUGUAAAUAUAGCUGUGUCUGUACGUACAAUAUCAAAGAAUUAGAAAAAGGCAAUAUGUGUGUGUGUGUAUUCAUAUAUACUGAAAAAGAUGUUUCAUUUUGCGGUAAUCAGUAAUUCUAGGCACCCUUACUCUUUUCGUUAAAAUUUAUGGAUAAUCUAAUUGGUGAUUGUUAAA